AUGACUCGGGGAAGGCGGGCUCCACCGCCCACCAAAAGCACCGCCUUUAACGCCGACGUGAGCUGCACGUUCUGCCAAUCAAAGGACCCAGCGCAGAGUUCCGCAGAAGGUCUAGUUCCUGUUGGCCCGCCCUCUCCUGCUUCCGAUUGGCAAGUUUCAAACGUGCGGAAGCCAAUGAGAGCGGGCAGACGCGCGGUGCUGCGACCUCGGCUGCAGGCGCGGCCUUUGAAGAAAAAACUGUCAUUGUUGGAGUCAUGGUGGGGCCUGGGUCCUCCGCUGCCGCCGCCGCGGGUGAGUACAAAUGCGUGUCCCUGUUUCUUGCAGAGAACAAGGCUGGAGAAACAGGAAGGCCAUAGAGUGAGUCCUUCCCGCGGGAGUUACCGGUCCGCUGUUGUGUCUGCCUCAGUCUCCCCAGGGCGUGGCGCCCAGGCCCUGAAGCCCAGGGAGACAUCUGAACCCGUGGUAGCGAAGACUGUGCGCGGGGGGCCCUGUAAGCCCUGUAGCAGCCCUGCAAGACGGUGUCAUUGUCCCCACGUUGGAGAUAAGCUAGGGCGGCCUGCCCGGGUCACGGCCCCCGUGGGGAGCGCUGCUGUCCGCCCCCGCAAAGAGCGGCACAGAAAGCUCCAGGAGUACCUAGCAGCCAAGGGAAAACUGAAGAACCAAAACACCAAGCCUUAUCUAAAAGCCAAGAAUACCUGCCCGAAUCCACCACCUUCUAACUCAAGUAUUAGACCCAAAAAGGGUAUUACCAACAAUGCUGUUUUGCCUGUCAAAUCUACAAGGCCCGUCACCAUUAAAAUCCAGCCCAGAUCAGCCAAUAUCACAGGAUCCCAGAAGCCAAAAUUGGAGCCACCAAAACUUCUGAAUAAAAGACUGACUUCAACAUGUGCUUCUGCUAACCCAAACUAUAAACUGUCCAGCAAGAGUCAUCAGCAGCAUGAAGCUGGAUCAUCCACUGCAAGAGAACUGUCAAAAAAACCCAUUAGAUCACCUAUCACACAAGAAUGGAAAACCGCAAAACAGCAGGGAACAGAUCAAGGAAAUGCUAAAUGUACAGACUUUGUGGAUAAUACCCAUGUUGAAAACAGUUCUUUGGAUGGCUUUCUCAAUGAACUGAACAAAGAGAACUUGCCUCAAACCUUAUCAAAAGGUUUGCAGAAGACAGAUUCUGAAUUAUGUAACAUAAGCAAGCCAAAGACUGACUCUUAUAAUCAAACCAAGAGCAGUUUGGGUCCUAAACAGGUCUUGGGCAAAAGUUCAGUUAAUAGUGCUGUUUUGAAAGACAGGGUUAAUAAACAACUUAUUGGAGAAACACAAAUCAGGACUCUACCAGUAAAGUCACAGCAACUCUCUAGAGUUGCAUGUCUUGCAAGGCCAAGAGAAAAACCCCCAAGGACAGUUCCCCCUCACUUUAUUCAGACCCUUACUAGGACUCAAGCAUGCAAUAAAUCAGUGGCCAAGGAUUUAAUAAUUUACAGGAAUAAAUGUGGAAGACCAAAUGAAACUAAGUUACAGUCAUACCCUGCUACUGAACAGAAAGUAGAACAUACCAAACCUAGGACAUAUCCAAACUUGAUUCAGAGAGACCAUAACAACAGACAUCCAAACAUCAAGCAAGAUCAGAAGACCUUGCACCCUUAUCCUAGACCCCAGAAAUCAUGUGUUCUGCAAAAAUCAAAAGACACAGACCAGAAGCCUAAUUUGACAACUGGCAGCUUUAAUUCAGUCAUCCUAAGCACUCCUAGCACAAAAGCAAAUAGAACCAAUGGCAAUAAAUUCAAUAACAUCCUUCAACAAAACACACAGACUUUGGAAUCCAAGUUGAAAAAGGCUCUUCCUCAGAACCAUUUUUUGAACAAAACAGCUCCCAGAACUCAAGCUGGUAUCACAACCAUAAAUGGAAGAGGAGUCCCAAAUGGUGCCCAAACUAAUCCAAAUAUUAAAAAGAACACAACGGCAGAGGAUCGAAGAAAACAACUGGAAGAAUGGAAGAAAUCGAAGGGGAAAGUCUACAAACGGCCUCCUAUGGAAUUUAAAACUAAAAGAAAAAUAAUAGAGGAAAUGAAUAUAUCAUUCUGGAAGAGCAUCGAAAAAGAAGAAGAAAAGAAAGAACAAUUGGAACUGUCCAAUAAAAUUAACAACACGCUGACAAAAUGUCUGCAGCUCAUUGAAGAG